UGGUAGUGGUAGUGAUGUAAGAUGAAGGGAAACAGCGUGCGAGAGCGAUGUUUAUGGUGGGUCAUGGUGGCGAUGUGGUUCUGUACUCGUGAACAGGUAGCGUUGGCAUCGACAUUUAAAAAAUGGCGUCAGCCGCUCAUUGGGUUUCAUCUAAUGUAAUGUUUUCCUAAUUGAGAGAUGUAAUAGUGAAAAAUGAAUUGUUUCUUGUGGCAAACUUAGUCAAUCAUAAACUAGUGUUUUGAGUGCCUUUCACUUCUUCUCAAGACAUGGCAACCCUUGAGAAGCUAGUAAAAGCCUUGGAAGGGCUAAAAAUUCUCCAGCUGACACCACAAAUGUCAGACGAUACGUCUUCGAGAAGAAAAGAUAAAAUAGCACAUUGUCUGACCAUUGCUGAUACUAUGUGUCAGUCAGGAAUAAAAGGUGCAUCAAAUUUUUCCCACCUUCUAAGUAUAGCAAUCGAAAUUCUCCUACAAUUGUGUGAUGAUUCACAUUCAGAUGUACGCAUGAUUGCUGAUGAGAGUUUAAAUAGGAUUAUAAGGGCAAUGGCAGAUAGCAAUGUAGUUAAGAUUCAAGUUGAAUUACACAAAGAGAUAAAGAAAAAUGGUAAUGCACGGACUUUGCGAGCUGCUUUGUGGCGUUUUGCUGAAUUGUGUCACAUGAUUAGACCUCAGAAAGGUAAACCCUAUGUUCUCAAUUUGGUCCCUUGUAUCGUACAAAUAGCUAAACGAACUGAAGAGCCAGUUUUGGAGACACUUGCAGCAGCUGUCUCAAAGAUAUUCAAAGCUCUUGGAAACUUUACCACCGACAAUGACAUUAAAAGUUUGUUGAAGGCCUUCCUUCAUAAUCUCUCUUCUCCAUCAGCUGUAGUCCGUAGAACAGCUGCGUGCAGUAUCCUUGCUAUAUGUAUUCACUGCAGAAAACCCCAUGUUUUUAUCACUUAUGUAAUGAAUACACUUCUUGAUUGUGUAGUUCCUCUAAGAGAAAACCAGCCACUGAGUACUGUUCUUGGUGUUUUGGGAUGCUUGCGUAACAUCUUGCCCCAUGUAGCAUCUGCAGCAGAAGCAGAGGAAGAGAUGUGGGGUAGCUUUGGUGUGAGGAAAUCCCUUCGGGAAGCUCCUCCAUCUGUUGACCGAAUGAUUCAGGUUUAUGAACUCUGUCUUCACUUUAGUAAUAGCAGUGAUCACAAUGUUGUGGUAGCAGCUUUGGAAACACUUCAGCAGCUUCUCCAGUCACCUCCUCCAGACUUUCUUCAAGUGCUUCUCUCUCCAGAAGGCAUUACUCGUAGUCGUAUUACCAUCAAUGACUCAGUGAAGCUUACACAGCGUUCUCUUAGUCAAAUGAGUGUUGCUCCAUCAUUGAUAGGGGGAGAUGAGAGUGCACUGUUAGAUUCUGAACCUGAUCCAGAUCUACAACCCCAGUCCAUUGAACAAUGGAUGAGGGAAGUGCAAUCUGUUACAACUAUUCCUUCUGAUACAACAUCUAUGUCCGAAGAUCCAUAUCCAUCUCUUGGAAUUGGAGAUGAAGAUGACAGCACUAGUUACUUAUCAGCCGCUGAUGAGGCAACUAGAGGUGCUGAGUAUUCAAAUAUUCACAUUGGGAAAAUAAAAGAGGAUGAUGACCCAGAAGCUUUCUCUGUCAUGAUGACUGUAACUUUACCAGCAUGUGCCCCAGGGCGUCCUCCUGGAAGGCCAUUUGGGAUGCCUGUUCAAUCUUCAAUUCAGAGUGAGGAAUCAAGGGAUGAAACUACUGGUUCUCAUGUCAGUGGUUCACCAUCUCCCACAUCUUUGCAAAAUACUACACCAAGCCAGCACUGUGAAAUUGGCUCGUUUACUGAUGCUGACAUACCGCUAGUGUUCUGUUCACGACACUUGGCGUCUGUGUUUCUGCUAACGGGGGCAGUAGGGUAUACAAUGCCAGACUCCUGUGUACGAGUUAGCAGCAAGGCUCUUGCCCUACAUUGCUUGACAGCAUGUUUGAGACUCUGUCCUCGUCUGUUUUUUCUUCCUUUGGACCGGCGUUGUUCUGUUAAAGAACAUGGCAGCUUAGAAAGUGAACAUCAAAGUUUGAGUGAUGUUCUUUUGUAUGCCAAACACUCUGAUCCUCAACUAAGAGGAAUUACUAGUCUUCUUGUUGGCAAUUUGCUGCAAUCGGUGUUGAUCCAAAGUGGAGGUCAUUUCUCAAGAUGGAAGUCACGACAAAUUGAAGCAAGUUCUAUUACUUUGCAAACAUUGAUUGGGGUUCUUUUGAAGGGCCUUGGUGAUCCGUCCUCUUUGUGCAGCCGCCAUACUCUGGGUGCAUUGGCACUCUGCCUGCCUGAAUUGUUAGAAAGUGUGGAUAGUGUUGCUGUAGAAUGCAUCAUUCAAGUAUUGCCGAAUUUAGCCAAUAAUCCAUAUUGGUUAGUCAAGGUGAAACUUAUAGAAGUGCUUAGUGAGUUACCUUAUCUUGCCAUCUAUCGACUUACCAAAGGCUCAGAAUUCCAAGAUAAAAUUCUUCAAGAUGUUCUGAUGAUCUUAUUGAGUGAUGAAGACGCAAGAGUGCGUCAUGCUGCUGCAAAAGCUUGUGUCAGGGUUGUUCCGCAUUUCUUCUUUCCUACUGACCAUCCACAACAGGACUCUGUGACAGCAAGAGGAAUUCAGCAUAGCACCAAGUUUAUUUCUCAGCUUCUGAACCCUGCAUUCAAUCCUGAGGAAAUUUGUGGUACAUCGUGUUCCCUGCAGCAUCCUAACAUCAACAGUCUACCAGCUCCUUUCAAUGUAUUCAGUAAUACAAGUACCCCCAGUCAGAUGUGUCCAACUCUGGAAGCUACUCUUUCUCGAUUGGUGAAUCUCUUGGUCCAAGCCCUGUUGACAUCAUCUUCAAAGUACCUUGUGUAUGGAAGUUGUGAAGCACUAAGUUUGUUAUCUGACCAAUAUCUUACAACUCUACAUCCUCGAGCAUGGAACUGUUUUAUAGCAUCACAAUCAAAAUUUAAAAAGAGCAGUAAACGGUCAUCAAGUAGUGGUCUUGCACAAAGCAGUCAAGAAUGCCUAGCAAGUCCUGCUGCUGGCCUGCUAAGUAUUAGUCUUUCCCUGCUCACAGCAUCACCUAUUCCUCUUGAUCUGAGCUGUCAGUGCUGGUUAGUGAGUCUAUCUGGAAAUCUCUUCUCUGGACUAGCUGUCUGGUCAUUGAGACCUAUUGAUACGUCCCAAAAUGAGACUGACAAUCAAAAAGCUAUGUGGAAUAUUCUUAGAGAUAAACAGUUGGUGUGUGCUGCAGAACAGCUUUUAAUCCAUCUUAUUCGCACACUUAAUGUGUUUGUUCAUGUUUUGGAGGAGACAUCUCCAGUAGUGCCUACUCCUAAACCAUCUUUGCCUUCUCUGCCAACUGCUCCUUCAUUGUCACCGAUCAAACGCAAAAGUAAAAAUGUGGGAGCAGGUACGGAAGUUCCUGUGGGAACAGAGAACCGUCCACGUGGAGUAUCACCUGUCAAGAGUUCUGCAGAGAAAGAAGAAAAACUGGAUGAAAAACGUGGCAGCACGGGCAGCAGUACAAGUGCAAGCAGUAAUCGGGGCACAUCCAUUGGCUUUUUUGCCAAUUGCCCUCAUUAUAUGAAAGUUUAUGAAGUUGUUCGAAGUGCCUACACCAAUUAUAAAAUUACAUUGGAUGCAUCAGCUAGUGAAAAAUUUGUAGGCUUACUGAGAACAACUUUGGAAGCCUUGUCACAGUUAUUGGAAGUGGCCACAAUUAAUGAAGUAGGGCGAGUUGCUGAAGAAACCCUUGCUUAUCUGCGACUGACUGUCCUUGUGGAACCUACUGCUACUGUCAAAUGUGUACAACAACUUCUGAAAUGCCUGUUCGGGACAAAUCUUAGUGCUCAGUGGGAUGAAGCUGAAGAGAAAAGACUCAGUUCUUUGGUUACAUCGCCUUCUCCACGUUUAGAACCAGAGGGUUUCUAUAGUCAAUGUUUCCAUCUUCCCUAUCAGCAGCUAACAGAACAUUUGGCCACAUCUGCUGGUCGCCAUGAUAUGCGAAUGGAUUCUCGAGAUGAUCGAACCAUGUGGAAUCAUUUGCGCAGAAAAACUGAUAGAAAGGGAUCAUCGAUGAUCAGGAGCAGUUUCACCAGAGGAGCUGACAAAGCAUCUCUUGCGGCCUACAUUCGUUUGUUUGAACCAAUGGUCAUAAAGGCUUUGAAACAAUAUACAGUUACAAGUGAUGUACGACUCCAGUGCAGAGUUUUGCUCUUGCUGUGUCAGUUAGUUCAACUACGAGUGAAUUACUGUCUCUUGGAUUCAGAUCAGAUCUUCAUUGGCUUUGUUUUAAAACAAUUUGAAUUCAUCGAAGAAGGACAAAUACCGUUGGCAGAAGAAUUAGUUCCACGUAUCUUCUAUUUUCUUGUGCAUUUGUCAUAUGAGAAGAAUCAUUCCAAAUGCAUUAUUGGUGUGCCCAAAGUUAUCCAACUAUGUGAUGGACUGAUGGCAUCUGGGCAGCCACCUACCACCCAUUGUAUCCCCGCGUUAGUUCCUGUUGUGGAAGACGUGUUUUUAGCUCGAGGAAGCCGAAGUGGUGGAGGUACUGACCUUAAGGAACUAGAUACUCAACGAGAAGUCCUGGUGUCCAUGCUUCUACGCCUUGUUGAAUAUCACCAGGUAUUGGAUCUCCUCAGUGCUGUUCUUAGUGAACGUGAGAGUGAGGAACGAUGGCGACGAUGGUCCCGACAGGUAAUUGAUGCACUGUUACCAUUGCUAGCUCAAGGACGUGUACGACUGGAAUCACGAGCUGCCCAACAGGCUCUUCAUCGAUUGCUGGCUGCCUGUGCACCAAGUGUGUUGCGACCAGCAGAUCCACUCCUAAGAGUUCUCUUUGCGACUCCUCCUAGUUUGCAUAGCUCAAUCGUGGCCAUUCAGAGAUGGCUUGGUGCUGUAUUAGGAGUUUUGCUGUUGCUGCUGGCACAAGGCAAAGAGGAAACAGUUCUUGCUCGGCUUGAAGAAUUGGAUCUUCCUUUGCCACCAUCACCUACUUUAGGUUCCCCUGAUCCCUUGAAUGCCCGGAGCAUAACUGCUCCUGGGCAAAAAUUACCUCCAGAGCAGCUGAUGGCAAGGCAAGUUCCUGUUGAGAGUAAUUGGUCUGGAAGUUACUGCCGUGUGGCUACAGCUGCAAUACAGAUGUUAAGAGGGGAAAGUUGUAAAGAUAGUAUGGAGGCUCUUGAUACAUCUGAAGAUCGGGUUCCGGUAGUGCCCCUACCUGUUGAGAAUAUCAAUUCUCUCUUCUAUGCAUUGGCUCCUCGCUGUCCAAUGUUAACUGUACAGUGGUGCUAUCUUUUGGCAUUACUAGGUUACAACAAUCAAAGCUUUUGGGCAUCCAUUAUGCGUACACAACCAGCUCAUCCUAUACUCGGACAAGGGUUACCCAAUGAAGAUGAGAGUGGCCCUUCACCUUGUGUGAAUUUAGAAGUAGUUAGAAAAGGCGGCACAAUCCUUUUUUGUGACUAUGUGUGUGAAAAUCUUAGUGAUGCUCAGCAGUUAACAUGGCUUCUUGUGAACCACAUUGAAGAAGUUGUACGCUUGUCAAUUGAGCCUCCUGUACAUGAACUUGUGGCCGCUGUGAAUCGUUCAAGUGCCGCUAGUGGGCUUCUUGUACAGGCUGUAGCUGCUCGUUGUCAAAACCUCUUACAACCAAGUUUUGCAGUGCAAUUAUUGCGUUGCCUUCAAAGUGUACAUCCAUCUCAGAGUGGUGCGUUACUGACAUUUUUGGUGCCAAGGCUUUUGGCUCAUCCCCAUGUGGCUGUAGCUCGACUGGCUGCCUCUUUAGCUUGUCGAAGGGCUGAGCUUUUGCUCACACUUAGCCCUGAAGAGGUUACAUCUCAGUUGGGCAGGGACGACUUGCAAGCUCUUGUUGUGGCUCUUAAUGCUGCCCAGCUUGCUAAUAAACACAGUGGUCUGCUAGGUGUUUUAACUAGACUUGGAGCAUCUGGGCAGGAUCCUUCACCUCCUGUGCUUGAUCCUGAUAAUUUACGAACGUUGCACUUAGACAAAGAGUGGUUUCUUGCACAGGUAAAAUUGAGAUGCUGUCAUAAAAAUAUUUCUGGAGCAGAGUCAGCUCAAUUACUUAGCAAGCUUGAAUAUGAUGAUAUACUCGGAGUUCUGCAUUGUCCAGAUUUCAAUACUGUGUUGUUGAGAGAUUGUAUCCAACUUGGUACACUGCUUACUCUUCAGGCAUAUCAAAGUUUGCCUGAACCUAAAGCAAGUUACUCUAAUGAAAACUAUUUAGAAAUUCAGCAAAAAACAACAGCUCUUGAAUCUCCUUUAUAUACUGCCGCACGCCUUUGUUUGCUAGAACAGGUUGCAAAUAUCUGCUCUUUAAUGCCACGACCACACCAGGUUUUCUGCCCUGUGGGGCGUCCCCCUACUCCAAAGGAAGCAAAAUAUGCAUCACGUUUGCAGCAACUAUUAGGAGACAAAAAUUUUAUGGUGCAGCUAUUUGAAACAACUCCGGCUGUAACUUGCUAUUUAACAUCUCUUCCCACUUUGGCGUGGGGUGGUACCUGGCCUCCUGUACCUCCCAAUGCCUGUGAAGAUCUCGCCAAAUUUGGUGUAUUAUGUUUAGAGAUCAUUCAUGGGUUGGUUCGAAAUGCACAAGAAAAUCCUAGUGAAGCAUUACUGCCCCAUCAUCUUGAGCAGUGCUUGGCAUGUGCAGAAGCAAAUCUGAGGGAACCAAAUCUUUCUGCAGUACUUGGUAUGCCCAAUAAUGUGACAUGGAUGACUUCUGCUGUGGGUGCCCUCACUAGCACUAUUGAUUAUCUUCUGGAAGGAGAAUCUCUUCCAGAUCUUCCUGCCCAUGGUUGGGCUCCAGAAUUAACAGGUCCUGCAAAAACCACAGUUCCACCAUUGCCUGUGGAGUGCUUGCAAGACAUAGAUGUGUUGCAGCAAUUAGUCUUUCGGAUGACUUUACUGGGAUGGACGAGCCGCCAACAAUUUGAAGAAACUUGGAUGGCACUUCUGUCUGUUUUGAGUGCUAGUCCUGCACCAGCAACUGGGUCAGAAGCAGCAGCACCUCCUGAAGAAGCUGCUCUUGUCGCUCAGGCAGCUGCUCUGGCAGUGCAGGCCCUCACUGCUUUGUUGGUGCAGACGCUGUUGCUGCCGUUACCAGGCCGCCCUGGCACCAGUGUGUUAUUACAUCAGCCUCGGGCUAGAGCUAUUUCUUUACUUCCUGUGAAUCACAUGCCUCCUGCACAAUUACGGGCAGCUCAGGAGCUCCUUCUGUGGCCUCUUCGGGGACCUGUCAGUUCUGGUUCGAUACCUUCACAUCCACAACAUGUAUUUCAACGAUCCAACCCUGAACGCAUCAACAAUCCAUUCAACUAUGGAUAUAGUCAAGUGUCUCUGGAUUACAUAUGGACAGCUACACGCAUGAUGGCUGAUUUAGUGAAAGAUUCUUCCAAGAGAACAGUGUCUGCGAAGUGUUUGGAAAGAGAGCAAUGCUUGGCAGUAAGUGGUCUUGACCUUCAUUCUUGUCUGCACUUCCUGCUGGAUCUGUACUCGCAAUGGACUGCUCCUCAGUCAGGGACACCUCUUCGCUUAAUGAGUGCUGCUGUGUGCUCUGUGCUUGCAAUCUCUGACUUAUUCACUGAGCGAGCGCAAUUUACGUGGAUGUUGGCUACGUUCUUAGAACUGUCACGAUUACAUCCCACGGAGGAUGAAAUUUUACAUCAGUAUUUAGUCCUUGGGGCGUGCAAAGCUGCUGCUGUGCUAAUGCCUGAACCAGAAAUUAAUGAAAGAGUUCGACGCGUUUUGGAGGGAGGUCUUAGAAGUGCCUUCCUUCCUGCUCGAUUGGCAGGUUUGCAUGGAAUUCUGUAUUUGCUGCAAGCUGGACCCAUUUCGUCUGCUGGAAGUGAAGAUGGAUCGAUUGGACAUAUAGUUGCUAGUGCUUCUGAGUAUAUUCAACGAAAUAUAGCAGCUACUUCACCGGAUAAUGGAAGCAGUGAGGAACAUACUUUGUUGUUGUGGGCCCUGAUUUUCUUUGUUCUGGAGGCUCAAGCUGAAGAACAUGGUCCUGAAACUGAGGGAAAUCAGGCGAUUCUUCACACAGUACUCAAUUCAGCUACGGCUCCAAACUUGUUGUGGUCAACUCAUGUCACUCUUUUGCAAGGCCUGGAGCGUCUUGUAGCUGUUCGUGCUGUAGGAAGUCAGGUUGCUGAACAAGUAAGUCAGCUAGCUGUGGAAAAGCUACGAGACUCUAAUCCUGCACGGUCACUACCAGCUCUGCAACUGCUUCUUACAUGCAUGUACACAGAGAAACCAAUUGUUGCUGCCCAUGAGGUGAAACAAAUGGAUCCAGAGGAACUAAUCCAUACCAUGGAAAAAACAUCUGCUUUGUUUGAUAGGAUCAAGAGAGGAUAUCCAUCAGAAGUGGCAAUGCUGUGCAGUGUCCUUCCCAGUCUUUUGACAGAUUUUUUCCCUCCUUCAGAAAUGUUAAGCAAAGUAGUUGGAGAAUUUUUGUCUCCUCAACAGCCUCAUCCUCGUUUGUUGGCUACAGUUGUUUUUCAAGUGUUUGAGCGAGCUAGUCAACAAGCACAGUUACCUCUUCUCCAAGACUGGGUAGUAUUCAGUCUGUCAAAUUUCACUACAUGUUCACCUAUUGCAAUGGCUACGUGGUGUCUCACUUGCUUUUUUAUUAGUGCCUCUCCAAAUCCAUGGCUUCGUGCUCUAUUCCCUCAUGUCCAGUCUCGAAUCGGUCGACUUGAGUAUGAAGACCGUAAACUUCUGUGUGUAGCUGCUGCAGACUUUUAUAAUCAUCUCAGGGAUGAGAAACAGAAGCAGACGUUUGUUUCAACAUUCCAAGCUGCUGCACAUAUGCAGCAAACUCCUUUCUCUGAACUUGUUGCUUGUCUUUAACAUCAGAGGCCAAACUUGUUUACAUCCAAUGCAUAACAUGUCUUGUGCAACACUGUACAAGAAGUGUGAUUCCUGUUGAUAUUCUGAGUUGAGACACCAUGUUCUACCCUCUAGAUUGCCAAAGUAAUUUUGUCUUCCUGAAGACUCUUGUAUUUUUAUGAAACCCCUUUUCUGAGCUUUUAAAAUUUGUUCAUCAUUUUUUAAAUAUUACUAACAAAAUUCUUAAAAUAUCCAUCCAAUUUUUCUGUCCUUUAUUUUGUUAACAUCGAACAACAUAUAUUGUUUAUAAAAGUAUGUAAAUAUCAACUUUAGCAUUUAUGAUAUAUUUGGUCACUUGUAAAUGCUUCCCUGUAGUAUGAAAUUUAAUUUUUGUGGAUAAUGGAAAGAACAUCAUAAGCCUUAUUAUAAUUAUUACUAUCAUAAAUAGCAUUGUACAAAUAUGAAAAGUAAUAUUGUUGCAAAUGAGUGCUACAUUAUGUUAUAGCAUUUUAUUUUAUUUGCUCUAACAGUUUGUAUAAAAAUAGUACUGUAUUGUACACUUAAAAGAACUGAUUUUUUAAACUUGAAAAUUGAUAUUCCAUUUGUAGCAAUACAUGCCUCUUAUAUUGCAAUAUUUAUGAAUAAGCUUUGAACACUAUUGUUUGUUAUGUUAUUUCUGCUAGGAAGCAUUCCAUACACCUUUUUGAACAGUUUGUUUUGUACCUACUUCUAGGAUAUUUUUCUAUUCCAUCUAAUGCUCUUUGUGUAUCAUAGUUUUUGUGAACCAAUUUACUCUAUUAUACUAUUUUUUAAAGACUGGGUUGUGAUAAUUAUGUAAUAUGACAAUUACCUUUAUAUCAUGUGUUGCAUAAUGUAUCUUAAAUUUUGUUUUAUGUAUUGUAUGUUUUUAUGGUUUUGUUAUUGUUUUGUUUUUUUUAUGUAUUGGUUGAUUAAUCAAGAAAGCUUUGUUAUUAGUAAUAAUAGUAUUGAACCUGAAUAAAGCUAGAAGAGUUAUUUUUUUUCUCUUCUAUUUGAUUGUUUAAUUUGAUAUGCUCUGAACGUAUUCAUUCAUUACUAUUACAAAUUUAAAACCACUUGUAUUUCACUUCAAAUGUUCCCAAGGUAGUGUCAUCUCAUUAAAAUACAUUAAUGGAAAAAUUAAUGUUUUCGUGACUAGAUGAAAUACAAAGUUGUAUUUCACUGCCUAGGAUCAUCAGCCAUAUUCUGUGACAUGCUUCAAUUCUUAGAAUCAAGAUAAAUGGAUAUCAGACAUUAGAGUAUUUUUGAAAAUAUCUUGAUAACUGAUUCAUAGCAAGAUAGACUUCUUCAUUGUCACAAGAGAAGGUGGUGAUGUUACUUGUGCAAUUUCUUUUGUUUUAAACAUAGACCUUUGUAGUUACGAUGAUAGUAUUUCAUCAGUAAUGCUAUAUUAUUACUGCAGUUAGAUUAAAUUGUUAAUAUUGAAGCAGAUGAUCAAUAGUUCUGUGAGUAUUUUUGAGAAAUUCUUGACUUCCAUUGUAUAAUGGGAUAAUCUUUUUCAUUGAAUCAUGAAAAAAUGGUGAUACUUGUACAAUUAAUUUAAAUUAUAGCUCCUCUAUAGGUAUGUGACUAGCUUGUGUGCCUCGUGUGAAUACUGGGGUUGAUCCUCAAAUUUAGGAGAGAGCGCAUAGUGAGUGAGGUGAUAUGGGGCCCUGAAUUGAAUGAUAGCAAAAUUAUUGGUUAUAGUAGAUUUGGCAUUUGGUGCAAUCUAGCCUUAAAACUGAAGUUACAUCAGUACCUGUAGACAGAAAGGACAACUCAUUUAGUAAAGAACAAAUACAGUUUAAUUUCAAUAUUUUUGUUUAUUGAGAAAACAGCUUUAAUGUUACUCUGGCGUAUUUUAGUCAAUUCAGUGUUUCUCAUUUUUCCUUCUCAUUAGGGCUUGUCCAUGAAUUACGUAACUCUAAAGACGGUGGAGGGAGUUUAAGGCAGCAUUAUGCUGCGUUACAUAAGUGUAUGGGACAUAACAAGUUAAAUUAAAAAUAUAAUAAAUAGGAGAAGUUAUAUUCUACAAAUUAUUCCAAUAAAUGAAAAUAUUUUUCGUCAAUGUUAUAGAUUGAAUCUUUUAGAUUUCAAAGAAAAUAUUCAAAACAGAUCUAUAGUAUAUUCUAGAAUCCAAGUAGCAGGUCUAUAGUAUAUUCUAGAAUCCAAGGCACAGUAGACUCGGAGCCUAUGCGUCAUUCAUGAUGGCAUGUGCACGGUUUUUCAAACAUUUUCUGGCCUAGGUGUUCUUUCAUUAAAAACUUAUUGUAAUGUGCAGUCCGCACCAUCACUAAUUCUCAAGUUAAUUAUAAUAAAU